GUUUUAAAGUUUUGUAAACGCAUAAGUUUUUUUUAUGUUAAUUUUUAUUAGUUAAUUUUAGGAUUUUUAUGUUCCUAAUUUCAAUAUUUUUAUAUGAUUAAGUUUGUGAAGUAUUUUUGUUUUAGUAAUUCCAUACCGUACCAUUUAUUAUUAUUUAUUUAUUUAAUAAUUAAUUAAAAUAUUUAAUUUCUUAGUUUUAUUUAAUUAAUAUUUAAAAUUUAAAAAUAUAAUACUUAUUUGUAAAAAAAAUAUGAAAAAUUAUAUUGCAUUAUGCUACGGAUCUAUCUCAUUCUUCAUCAACAUUCUCCACAAUAUUUUCCUAAUCUAUCACGUAGAUGUCUUCCUGAAUGUCUACAAAAUCGACAAGACGUCAUUUUGGGUUGGGGAAAUAAUAUUCCUAAUUUGGAAUUCCCUAAAUGAUCCAAUAUUUGGGUGGAUUAGUGAUAGAAAGUAUUUAAGCAAUGACCACGAAAAGAAUAAUAGCUUCAAUAUAAUUGCAAACAGAUUGAAUAAAUUACACAUAAAUGGACCCCUGCUAUCCAUAACAUUUAUAUUCUUUUGGUUAUCAUGGUCAUUUCCUGCCAUACAGUUUGUCGUCUGCCUGUGUUUAUAUGAUGGAUUCUUAACAAUGAUUGAUUUGCAUCAUUCUGCACUACUGGCCGACUUGUCAAUUUCUACUGAAAUUAGGACAAAAUUGAAUAUGCACUGUUCUGUGUUUAGUGCACUGGGGUCAAUGUUUGUGUUCGUGUCAUAUGCUGUUUGGGACAAAGAUAAUUUUUUCCCAUUUCAGAAAUUUUGCUUUCUAGUUGCUAUUAUAGCAUUCUUUGGUUUCUAUGCUAGUGUAAAGUUGAUGAAAAAUGAACUUAAGCAUUCAACUAUUCAUGAAAAAAUAGAUGAAUUAGAUGAAGCAACAACAGCAACAACAACAUUGAUGAGAGACAACAAAGAUGCUAUGAAAUGUUUCAUUAAACAACUUUCAGGGCAGUCCAACUUCCUUUGGUUCACUGCCAUGAACCUUGUUCAAGUCUUUCACUGCCACUUCAAUAGCAACUUCUUUCCAAUGUUCCUAACCGUCUUACUUGGAGAAAAGACUUCGCCAUUUGUCUGCUCAUUACUUCUCGGUGUCUCUUUCAUUGCACCUCACUUGAAUAAUAUCUACUUCCUGAUACUCUGCCGGAAGUACGGGGCAUAUGACGUCAUCAAAUACUUAUUUAUUUUGAAGUUGUCCUUUGCUAUUUUGGUUUUUUUCUGCGGCGGGCAGAACGUCUGGCUGCUGGCGUUCUUCAUCGCUAGUAACAGAAUAUUCACAGAGGGAACUUGCAAACUACUGAACCUUGUAAUCACUGACUUAGUGGACGAGGAUGUAGUAAUAAACCAGAGGAGUAAUUCAGUGUCUGCACUCAUGUUUGGCGUCGUGGCCUUCUUAUCAAAGCCUGGCCAGACCAUGGCGCCUGUCAUAGGCACUGUUCUCCUGUCAACAUUUACAGGUAGAGAUAUAUUCCAAACGAGAACCAACGAAAUGAGAGGAGUAAAAAACAUAGACAUAAUAUCACUAAACCACCAGGUAGACGACAACGGAAACGUACCUAAUAUCGCUCAUAACUCUGAUACCGCUUACACUAAUCAGGAGAAUUCCUAUCAAGAUGGCGUCUUCAAUCUGUUAAUCAUAGUCCCAGUGAUGUGUGCCAUUUUGCAAUUAUUUUUUUGGUUCAAUUUUACCUUGCACGGUAAGAAAUUGUCGCAAAUUAAGACAUUGAGAGCCAGUUUGAAGUUUGUAAGCGUUUGAAAGGCGUGAAA